UUGCGUGGUGGCAAUCGCGACCCUGUUCUCAUCAUAGCCACUAAUCAGUCCGAAUACCUACCUCGCACCAAAUUAUUACGUGUAACUAUUGCGUACAUGAGUUCACUAGGCGAAAAUCUCAUAAGUUGAAAAACAAAAGAUUGAAACAUACGUAUCAAGAAAUUUGAUUAACUAAAAAAGAUGGCAAAACGUUAAAGGCUACCACUAAGUUUUAAACGAAAAGUGAAGUACGGUACCCUAUUGCCAAGUCUCUUGGAAAGUUUCAUAAAGUCACAGAAGUGUUUUCUUUAGGAAGUACAUAAUUUUGAAGUUCAAAUCUCAAGUUUAAAAUCUUUUUGCUAAACAUAUGCCACUAAACGAAAUCUGUCGACAAUAGGUCGCUUUGUGUUGUGUGAUAGAUAGUAAACAAAGAAUCUUCGCUGGAACCCGGAAGUAGGAAGCAAUGCGCAAAACAUGGGUCAAACGGGACAACAUCUACUACAAGCCGUUCUACAAGCAAAAGCUGAAGAUGACCUUGCUCGGGGUGCUGCUCAUGGCGAUUGUCUUCUUCGGCUACCAGCUGUUCUACAUCAGUCAGUUGCAAACGGCAUCGGGAGUGGAUGGUAGUGGCCGCGAUCCAUCCCUCGAAGACACCCGAUACCCGAGAAAUCCUAACCCACCACCACGUAUUAAUGACAAUCGUGUUAAUUCGAUAGGAAGCCAACCGGCGGAGGAGGAAUCCCCGGCUGCGGCCAACGUGCGGGAUGCCGGAGGAGGUGCUGGAGAUGACACGGUGCUGAACGGGAGCAGCCGGAGCGUCCGGGGACCCUCUCAGGAUCAGCGCUACGUUUACGUCGAACGGGUCGGCAGCUACGAGAAGAAAAUUCUGAGAGGAAUCAGGUUACGAGACUUGGAUCAAUAUUCGGAGCGACCUGGCACCCAGUUCCGUUGUCAGAUGGCCCCGAAUCGUGUCAUCGACUGGGACCGGGUGAACGACGAUUACUGCGACUGCCCGGAGGACGGUAGCGACGAGCCCAGUACCAAUGCGUGUGCCCAGGGUCGAUUCUACUGUCGGUUCCAGAAAAGACAUCACACCGGACGGGGCAGCUACACCUCGAUUCCGAGCGCCUGGACUAAUGAUGGCGUUUGCGACUGUUGCGAUGGUUCGGACGAGUGGUUGACCGGUAGUGGCGGUGCCAUCGUUUGCCGGAACCGUUGCCAGGAAAUGUAUCCCUACUGAGUCCCGACUGAGGAGGACUAGAACUGAUGAUCGUUAAGUAGAGCUUUUUACUAUCUAUCUAGUUGAAUCUGGGGCCCAUUUAUGGUGGAAUAAACGGGCUGCGAGAUUGGUAACUCCGGGUAAGGUGUGCGUGUGCAAGAGCACCUUGAAUGAAAGCGCGUGAGUGCUGAUGGAUGUUAUGAAAUAAAUUAUUCUAGGCUUUUAA